AUAUAUCUUGCAACUCCUCGAAAUAAAGAAUUAUAUAGCUUCAUUUCCGUAGAGAGUAUACAAAACUCAAACUCCUUACUUGUGUCCUUACAAAAUCCUUUUGACACUACCCAAGAGAACUUACAUCUCUUUUUGAGUUUAGAACUUCAAUUGUACGUGAAUUUCGAACUUCAAUUGAUUGGAGUAUCUAAUUUCACAUAUAUCUCCUUAUCUACAUAUAACCGUGUCCUUCAUGGAUGAGUUUGCACAUCUUAAAAUUCAAUUGAAGGAGAUAAAAGUUGCCACAGGUAAUUUUGGUAACAAAGUUAUCGGAAUAGGGGGAUUCGGGAAGGUCUAUAAAGGCACAUUGUCUCACUCUAAGGGGCGAAGCAUGGUUGCUAUUAAGCGCCUAGAUCGUAGAUAUGGACAAGGAGACCUUCAGUUCUUGAGAGAGCUCUCGAUGCUUUCGCGUUAUACGCAUAGAAAUCUCAUCUCUCUCCUCGGAUUUUGUGAUGAGGAUGAUGAGAAGAUUAUUGUAUACGAGUACGCAUGUAACGGAAGCCUUGAUCGCCAUCUAAGUUCCCCUAGUCUAACGUGGAUGCAACGUAUCAAGAUAUGCAUCAAUAUUGCAAAUGGACUAAGUUACCUACAUGAUCACCAUGGAUCACAACGAGUUCUCCACCGAGAUAUAAAAAGUUCCAAUAUCUUACUGGAUGCCGAUUGGAAUGCAAAAAUUUCUGACAUGGGACUUUCAAAACUAGGACCAGCAAACCAGCAAUACACUUUUGUUUACACCAAUAUUGUAGGUACCCCUGGGUAUUGUGAUCCACAAUAUAUGCAUACAUACAAGUUGACGAAAGAAUCAGAUAUAUACUCCUUUGGAGUUGUCCUAUUUGAAGUCUUGUGUGGGAAAUUAUGUUUUAAUUUAAAUAAGGACAAGGACUUGGAGAUCUUAGUGCCGAGUUGGAAACGAAAAUACAAACAUAAUAAUUUACAAGACAUUGUCUUUCAAGAUCUGAGGCCAUCAAUGAACUCCAAUUCCUUGGAAACAUUUUCAAGCAUUGCAUUCAAAUGUCUGCAUGACUCUCGCGAACAACGACCAACUAUUUCUCAGGUUGUGGAAAAACUUGAGAGGGCACUUGAAUUUCAAGCGCCUCACGAUAAGAAAGACGAACGGUUAUCCAUGUCGGGAAAUUAUCCUUAUCACAAGUCUUGGUACAAGGAGCACUCUCAUCAAAAGUGUUAUGUUUGCCAGAAUUUUAUUCCAACAAAUGCUGGCGGCCUUAAUGUAUAUAGAGCACAUCCAUUCUGGGCCCAGAAAUAUUGCCCAUUUCAUGAGCAUGAUGGGACUCCUAGAUGCUGCAGCUGUGAACGAAUGCUGCCACGUGAAUCAAUUAGCUAUGCCUCUCUGAAUGAUGGUCGGAAACUUUGCUCAGAGUGUCUUGACUCAUCAGUGCUUGAUACAAAUGAGUGUCAACCAUUAUAUCUUGAUAUACAAGCAUUUUAUGAAAGCUUAAAUAUGAAGGUGGAAGAGAAAUUUCCUUUACUUUUGGUUGAGAGACAAACACUUAAUGAGGCCAUGGAUGGCCAUUAUCACAUGCCGGAGAGACGAGGACUAUGCCUCUCCGAGGGGCAAACUACUAGCACAGUUUUGAGACGGCUAAGAAUUGGGAUGGGAAACCAGGUUCGACACAUGAGAACAAAACCAUUCAAACUGACACGUCGCUGUGAGGUUAUAGCUAUUCUCAUUUUAUAUGGCCUUCCUAGGUUGUUGACAGGAUCAAUCUUGGCUCACGAAAUGAUGCACGCAUGGCUGCGACUUGAAGGUUAUGGGCCACUCAUCAGUCAAGAAGAAGAAGAAGGAAUAUGUCAAGUUUUAGCUCACAUGUGGUUAAGAGCCCAAAUAGCUGCUACAUCAUCAAGACAAGAAAAAAGAUCUCCAUUUGACAAGAAGCUUGCAGAGUUCUUUAAACAUCAGAUUGAAUCGGAUAUGUCACCUGUUUUCGGAAAUGGUUUUAGAGCUGGCAAUCAGGCGGUACUUAAAUAUGGUUUUAGAAGAACCUUGGACCACAUUCGGUUGACAGGGACUUUUCCUUCCUAAAAAUGCAAGUGAGACACAACUAAACAAGGUCGAUCCGUCUUCUAGCGCUGGUGAUGGCUUCCCAGCGGCGCUGGGUAGCUACUGUAUUGCACCAGCAGGCAGCAGCGCUGGUCAGGGUGACUAGUGGUGCUAGUUGCUCCUGCAGCUCUAGAUAUUCUUCGUUUGACUUUCGUUUCGUCUUCUUGUGUCUUGUAAAGUCCUUUGGCCUAUAAGUAGUUGAGUUGAUAGAUGUCAUUUACCCUCGUUCACAUCUUCUGUAAACCUGCGUCAAUACUGAAUCUCAUUAAGUACCAAAAGUUCACAUUUAUAAACUCAUUUAGACAUUAAAA